GCGUGACGGCAUGAGGGGGCGGGGUUAUGACAUCACGAGCUCCCGGCUCCAGCGUUCGGAACAGUUUGUUCCAAACGCUGAGCAGUGGAGUACCCCUUUUUAAAGGGGAACUCUGAUCCAUAACAUUUUAUCCCCUAUCCACAGAGUAGGGGAUACUUGUCUGAUCACUAGGAUCCCUGCAAUCUCCUGUCCGGAACCCCAGCUCUCUUUGCGCACGGACUGAUCUCCGCUCCAUACAAUCAGACUUUCGACCACGGUGAACAUGCCCCUUCAUGCAUCUUUGUUUCUAAUCUUAUACACAGGAGAAUUCACACAGGAGAGAAACUGUUUUCAUGUUCAGAAUGUGGGAAAUGUUUCUUAAAUAAAUCCCAUCUUGUUUCACAUGCCAGAAGUCAUACAGGGGAGAAGCCAUAUCCAUGUUCAGAAUGUGGACAUUUUUUUUUCAGAUAAAUCAACUCAUGCCAUACAUAUGAAAAGUCACACAGGAGAGAAGCCGCAUUCAUGUUCGGAAUGUGGGAAAUGUUUUAUCCGUAAAUCGCACCUUGUUAUACAUGAGAGAAGUCAUACAAGAGAGAAGCCAUAUCAAUGUUCAGAAUGUGGACAUUUUUUUUCAGAUAAAUCGACUCAUGCCAGACAUAUGAGAAGUCACACAGGAGAGAAACCGCAUUCAUGUUCGGAAUGUAGAAAAUGUUUUAUACGUAAAUCCCACCUUGUUAUUCAUGAGAGAAGUCAUACUAGAGAGAAGCCGUAUUCAUGUUCAGAAUGUGGGAAAUUUUUCGUUAAGAAAUGCAAUCUUGUCUCACAUAAGAGAAUUCACACAGAAGAAAAGGCAUAUACGUGUUCAGAAUGUGGGAAAUGUUUUAAUUAUAAAUCAAGCCUUACUACGCAUGAAAGACUCCACACCGGAGUGAAGCCAUAUUCAUGUUUAGAAUGUGGGAAAUGUUUCACAAGUAAAUCAGAUCAUAUUAGACAUGAAAAAUGGCACACAGGAGCUAAGCCGUAUUCAUGUUCGGAAUGUGGGAAAAGUUUUUCAAGAAAGUCACAUCUUGUUUCACAUGAGAGAGUCCACACAGGAGAGAAGCCAUAUUCAUGUGCAGAAUGUGGGAAAUGUUUUUCAGAUAGAUCAACUUGUGUUAGACAUGAGAGAAAUCAUACAAGGUAGCUGCCAUUUUGAUGGUGUAUGUGGUAAAUGUUUCAUAAGGAAAGCAAAUAGAAUAAACCAUGUUCUUGUUUGAGAUGUGAGAAACGCUAUUAGAGGAAAUAUUUUGGGCACAUCCGGUUAUUUACAGACAUCAUACGGCCAAGCAAGAAGUUAAUAUAUUUUUUUUAGGUGGAAUUAGACCCAAAUUAUAUUUACCCAAUAUCUAUUGUGAUGUAAUGUGAACAAGGAGUAUUUUGGGCUGUUCAUUAUUAUUUACAUAAAACAUCUUAAAAACG